GCUGCGCUUGCUGAGCAGCUGGGGCUGAUGCACUACAUGGAUGUUAUGAUGCUCAUCACAGCAGUCGAGUACGUCGCACCCAUGUCCGAUGAGAACGUUACUGUGACAGACACCGAGUUCAGCAACGUUCCCAUCCGUCUGUUCGUGCCCAGAAAGCCCUCUGAUGGGCUGAGGAGGGGGGUGGUCUACUUCCACGGUGGAGGCUGGAGCCUAGGAGACGCAGGCAUGAAAUCCUAUGAUCGUCUGACGAGGUGGACUUCAAGCAGGUUAAAUGCUGUUGUGGUAUCAGUCAACUACAGGUUGGCACCAAAACACCAUUUUCCCACUCAAUUUGAAGACGCGUAUUCGGUAACGAAGUUCUUCCUCCAGAGAAACGUCCUCUCCCAGUAUAGGGUGGACCCAGGUCGGGUCUGUGUGGCAGGAGACAGUGCAGGUGGCAACUUAGCUGCAGCUGUGGCACAACAGCUGUUAGAGGAUUCUGAAGUUGAAACUGAACUCAAAGCCCAAGCUUUGCUUUAUCCUGCUCUUCAAACCCUUGACGUGAAUUUGCCGUCUUACCAAGAGAACGAAAAUGACCCCCUUUUACCCAAGGCGCUUAUGGUCAGGUUCUGGAGCGAGUAUUUCACUCUGGAUGUGUCUCUCAGGGAAGCAAUGGCCUCCAACAGGCACAUCCCGUCCGAGUCCAGCCACUUGUUUCAGUUCGUAAACUGGAGCAGUUUGUUGCCAGAAGAGAUGAAGAAGGAUCACACCUACACCAGUCCCACCUACGGGCGCCCGGAGCUCGCCCAGCGAUACCCGGGGUUCCUGGAUCCCAGGGCGGCCCCGCUGCUGGCGAGCGAUGCCCGGCUAUGGCACCUGCCCCUCACCUACGUCCUGACCUGCGAGCAUGACGUCCUGCGGGACGACGGGGCCAUGUACGUUGGGCGCCUGCGGGCAGCAGGUGUCCCUGUCGUGCACCACCACGCCAGGGACGCCUUUCACGGGGCCCUCAUGUUCAUCUCGAGCCCGGCUGAGUUAGCUGUCGGGCACCGGCUGCUGAACAGAUACAUCAAGUGGCUAGAUGAGAAUCUGUAA